AUGAUCCGUAGCAAAAAAUCUGCACAAAACAAUAUGACAUCUGCUGCAGAUAUAGCUAAGGACACGAGAUCUGAAUUCGAAAAAGCAGGUUUUGAUGUUCCUCCGGUAAAUAUUCGAAAUGCAGCACAAGCUUCCAAGGAAAUAGAAUACCUUUCUGAAAAGAUUGCUCAAGGCGUUGAAUGGGAUGAACAAGUUAAGGCAAUAAAACGAGGAAUGGGUCUAGUCAAUGGCGGAGCCUUAGAAUUUGAUGAAUUUUCAGACAAGCUUUCAAAUUUAGGACCUGGACUUGUUGCUGGAUGUUGUAAUUUACGAAGUGCAUUAGUCAAACAAUCAUGUUUAUUUAUAGCGCAAUUAGUUCAUAAUUUACGCAAAAAAUUUGCUGUUUUUGGUGAAGUAAUAGCGCCUUUGUCAAAACAAACUACGCAUGGAACAUUGAUUAUAGCCGAAAGCUGCAAAUUAGCAAUUUUCGAAAUUCCUAAGCUAACUAUUAUGGAAACCAUGGAUGAGAUAGCUGUAAACUUUCUCUACAAGCCAUUCCCUAAGCACAAACUCUAUUCUAUACCAGGUCUCGAGAUAUCAGAUUCAAUUCGCCAAAAUGUCAUGACAGAGCCACUUCCCAAGCUUCCUUCCAUGCCAUCUGCCGCCAACCUAGGCUUUACAAGCCAUCACACUGUCUGCGCGAUGGAAAAUAUCGAUGAUGGCGCUUUUAUUUGCCAAAUUCCAGGUUUAUUGUGUCAUCAAGACGAAAUUCGAGCGGAAGAAGGUAUUCCUCGCACCUGCAUCACUAUACAAGGCACUCCCGUUGCUAUAGACAUCUCACAGACCACAAGCAAAUACGCAUUGUACAUAAGAAGAAGUUUCCAUUUCAAUUGUGUUGUAAAACUACAAAUUGUCAAUGGAAAUGUCUGUGCAAUGCUUUAUGCUGCUAGAUCAAGAGGUCCUAUAACUGAUGAGAGGUCUUCUUCGUCUGGUCCUGCUAUAAUGAAGGGAACAGAGCUCUUCCUUCCGUUCGAUUCAGAUCUGCCUUAUCCGAUUGAGAAAAAAGCGUGGAAAAUAAAGAAAACGAAGCCUCCAACGAAAACAAGGCCAAAACCAAAACAGAAACAGAAUAAUAACACAAAUAAUAACCAGACAAAACCACCUCCAACUAAAAAUGUUGCAAAAGGAAGCGAAAGAAGCCAGAAAAAUAAGAAUUCACAUGAUCAAACAAAUAAAAUUUUGCCAAGUGUUAAAUUGACACUUUUAUCGUCAUUCAUGGAAGAUGAUUUACCUCCAAUUCCGAUUGUUAUACAAGAAGAAGAAAAUGAAGUUGAUGCAAAAGUUUUGGCCCAAAAAAGACACUCAACACAUCAGAUUCGAAAUAUGUCUGAUGCAGAAUGA